AUGGCGGCCCAGUCGGAGAUCGAGCACAGCACGCUGGAAAUCGCGCUCCGGCGCGUGGACCGCAUCUACCGGCCCGGCGACGUCGUCGACGGGAAGCUCAUCGUGAGCGCGCGCAAGGGCUGGGCCCACAAGGGCAUCUCCAUGAAGGUCACGGGCAGCGCGCAGCUGCAGCUGUCGCACCGGUCCAUGGGGCUCUUCGAGAGCGUGAGCAGCGUGCGGCCGCGGGAGCUGUUGCGGACGCAGAUCGAGCUGACGCCGCCCGGGCGCUUCCCCGACGGCGUCACGGAGAUCCCCUUCGAGUUCGAGCUGCAGGCGCUCGCCGGCGAGGCGCUGCACGAGAGCUACCACGGCGUCUACAUCAACGUCUGCUACACCAUGGCCUGCGAGUGCAAGCGGGGCGUCAUGUCCAAGCCCCUCGAGCGCGACAUCGAGUUCAUCGUCGAGGUGCCGUCGAAGGAGAGCCCGCCAGCGGACCCGCGCGCGUUCUCGAUCACGCCGGAGUCGCUGGAGAACGUCCGCGCGUCGUCCGUCGCCGCCAUCCCGCGCUUCAAGGUCUCGGGCAAGCUCCACCGCCAGUCCUGCCCCAUCAACCUGCCGUUCACGGGCGAGUUCGUCGUCGAGGAGUCCCAGGCGAGCGUCAAGUCCAUCGAGCUCCAGCUCGUCCGAUCCGAGACGGUCCGCCACCCGGAGAGCGGCAACACCGCGCGGGAGGCGACGGAGAUCCAGAACAUCCAGAUCGCCGAGGGCGACGUCUGCCGCAACCUCGUCAUCCCCAUCUACAUGAUCUUCCCGCGCCUCUUCACGUGCCCGACGAUGAUCACCGACGACUUCAAGGUCGAGUUCGAGGUCAACCUCAUCGUCAUCUUCGGCGACGGCUACAUGAUCACGGAGAACUUCCCCAUCAAGCUCCACCGCUACCGCUGA